AUGCCCUCAUCCGGGACCAGAAACCACCCGUUUCCAGGCCCUGGCCUGGGCCUGGCCUGGGGCCUGGCCGUUGCCAUGGCGCUGUGCGUAAACAGUUUCGCCCCGGCAGGCCGGAGGAGCCCUAAAAUCCCCGGAUGGAGCGGGUCCCUCAAAGCUCCCGCCGAUGGCCUUUGUGGGUCCUCUGUGUCAUUAGUUAUCCUCCUUAUAGCGCGAUUCUUUGUUCAAUUUUUGUUGUCUCUGUCUCCAUCAGACUCCAAAGCCAUAGUAGAUGGGAACCUGAAACUGAUCCUGGGUCUGAUCUGGACCCUGAUUCUGCACUACUCCAUUUCCAUGCCCGUCUGGGAGGGUGAGGAUGAAGAGGCGGAGUCGAAGACGCCUAAACAGCGACUGCUGGGCUGGAUUCAGAACAAAGUUCCCGACAUGCCGAUCAACAACUUCAGCCAGGACUGGCGGGACGGGAAGGCUCUGGGGGCUCUGGUGGACAGCUGCGCUCCAGAUAAAAGGCCAAAGCUGUGA